CAAAACAAAAAAAAAAUCCCAAUACCUACACCAGUACUCAAUUUUGGCAUUGUUUCGGAGUGGUAAAAAAGCCCCCCACCUGAAUACCCGCCCACCCACAACUAUUGUACUUUAUGUGCUUUCAUCGUUGACACUUUGAAGCUAUUUUGCACUUGCUUUGGCACAGCGUGUGAAUAUAUUUCUGUCCAUCUUUCUAUGGACUCUCCUUUUCCCAUCGCUGCCUCCAUCUCUCUUUCUUCUUUUCAUCACUCCUUUAAGCAAAGUUAUUCAGCCGCUCGGCUCUCGCUACUAUUUUGAGUCAUGUCAUCUUCUCACAACCAACUUCGAUCAAAUAAAGACCCACACAUUUCGUACAUCUCACGCCAAUUAAUGUAGCACUCACUCUCGUUGUCUCAUGAUAAAAAACAAACAACAGCUCACUCCCAGUACAACACCCCAAACCCACUUUUUUAAUUUAAACUCGAUAGUCCGGUACAUUCAUCAAUUACAAAGCCUAAACCAUAAACCAUGAGAAUCAAAACAACCUUCUUUCGGCUCUCGGCCUUCGCCAUUGCACUCCUUUCAAUCUUUAUCUCUCUGUAUACCAUCCCUCCUUCCAUUACUAAUACCAAUGGCAUUAAUUCUCGAGAUAUUUUCAAUCUUGCUAUUUUGACUAAGGUUGUUGAGCAGAAUGCUGUUGGGGAUUUCUUGUCUCGCCUAACACAUAUCGUGUCGAGCCACCAUCAUCGGAAGAAGCACCAUCAUCGGAAGAAGCCUAAGAGCAAUUGUGACAAGAACAGAUGGAAGUCUAGGCUCGUAUCCAUCUACAAGGUGUCCCUCAUUUUGACAGUCGACUUGAAGGGUUGCGCAAAUUUUAGUAGCGUCCAGAAGGCAGUAAGGGCCGUUCCUGAGAAUAGCCCCGCUAGGACCCUUAUCAUUAUUGAUUCUGGUACCUACAGGGAAAAAGUGGUAGUGGACGCCAAGAAGUCAAAUUUGAUAUUUCAAGGUCAGGGAUAUCUUAACACAGCUAUAGCAUGGAAUGACACUGCAAAUUCUACUGGAGGGACUGCCAACAGCUCUUCCGUUGCCAUCUUUGCACCAAACUUCACUGCUUACAACAUUAGCUUUAAGAACACAGCUCCUUCCCCACCCCAGGGAAUAGUUGGAGGGCAGGCAGUGGCGCUUCGAAUUGCAGGUGAUAGGGCUGCAUUUUAUGGAUGCGGAUUUUAUGGAGCCCAAGACACACUGAAUGAUGACCGUGGGAGGCAUUAUUUCAGACAAUGUUUCAUCCAAGGAUCUAUCGAUUUCAUUUUCGGAAGUGCCAGAUCUUUAUAUGAGGGAUGCACCAUUUACUCAACAGCAAAAGAAGUCUCGAGGGGAAUUAGCGGGUCGAUCACAGCUCAAGGGAGGCAGUCGAUGAAUGAACAAACGGGUUUUUCCUUUGUGAAAUGUAGCAUUGUUGGGAGUGGGAGAGUAUGGCUUGGGAGAGCCUGGGGAGUUUAUGCCACUGUGGUGUUUUCUACAACAUUUAUGUCUGAUGUCGUAGCUCCGGAUGGUUGGAAUGAUUGGGGAGACUCUUCAAGACACCAAACGGUCUUCUUCGGAGAGUAUCAGUGUUUUGGACCCGGAGCAAAUUACACGUAUAGGGCCUCGUAUGGAAAGCAACUUGGCCAAUCUGAAGCAGCUCUCUUCAUGGACAUUACCUUUAUUAAUGGAGAUGAAUGGCUUGUCAAUGUAUCAUCAGAGCAUUUCAUCUGUUCCUCUCGAUAGCGCUAAAGAAGAUACUCGCACGUACUUCUUAUUAUAUGUAAGAAUUUGUCUUUUAAUAUAAAAAAACAAAUAUUUGAUCCAGUAAUUUUGAUCCAUUACUUGUAAAGUAUUCAGUAAUUUUGUACGUUCCAAGAGGUUGUAUUACUCUUCAAAUUAAACGAGAUGGAAGCUACUAUUCUUGUAACCCCCUCGUCCCGAGUG